CGGCGAGACUGUCUGUUGUUUCCUGUUUUCGAGGUUGUUAGAGUUCUUGAUUAAUAUUAAUUGAAAAUGAAUCUAAUGAUCCAACCCAAAGGAAGUGCAACAGUCAAUGCUAUUAAGGAGUCAAUAUUAAAGGCCAAGCAUAAGUCGAGCUACUGUCUUGUCGAAACUCUUGAGAAAGAUCUGGCAGUAUUACAAUUAGAAAUUCGACAUGGGGUGAUUAUCGGAUCAGAAUUAGAUAUAAAACUUGAAUGGUUCAAUCAAGCGACCAAUUCGCUCGCUGGUAAAAUUCAAAGUCUUCAAAAAAUUGGGGAGACAUUGAAUACCUAUGAGAGAAAUGAGAUUAAAUAUUUUAUUAACAGAGUUUCAUCAUUCUGGAUGCGAGCCAACAAGCAGGUAUAUACACAAUUAUAUUUUAUUAGUCCAAGAAACGUCUCUAGCAAUAAAAAUUUGAUUCAGGUUUAUAGAGAAUAUGCGAAGAUACGUGUAGCCAGUCGUACUAUAUCUGGAACUCCUUUAUCUCUGCUUUUGGAGAAAAUUCGGAAAGAAGCUAAUGCUGUCAGAGUAUCCUUACAAAUAGGAGAAGUUAUAUACGAUCAGGAAUACGUAUCUAAAGGAUACUCUAUUUUUGAGGAGAUAUCAAAUUUAUUGCGUAGCCUUGAAAGAUGCGACGAGAAGAUUCAACAAUACUUGGCCAUAUGCAAGAUAACUCCAUAUCUAUUGGAACUUGAUAAAGCUGUUGAUAAAUUUGCUUCAAGUGCAGAUUUCUUAACCAUUUCUAAUACGACUACCUCAGAACUUAGUGCUUUCCCUGUUCUGGUGAAGCUUCUUACUGGGGAAUUAUUCGGUCAAGAUACUAUAAAUCCAAAUUCUGUGAUGGUGGAAUGUACGCAAAGGAAACCAGUCUUCAUUACAAAAAAUAAUAGGCGCAAAAUUGAUAUACCAAUAGUAGCACCGAUGAAGACUUCUAAGAAUUUAACUUAUAUCUGUACAGUUCCAAGUUAACAACAUUAUACCUUGUCAAUGAUUUUUGUUUUUUUCUG